AUGAUCCCGUUGAAGCAGCUUAUAGUAUAUUCUCUGACUCUUACACUUGCUACAACUUUGCUAAAAGUCAACGAUUUUAAGACAACAUCUAUAGCUCAGGCUUCUGGUCUUACUGCUAUAGCUGUGAUUCUUUCUGCUACGUCGCCGAUAAUACUAGCCCGAUUAGUAUUGACCUUUUUCACAAGCAACAUUACGGAUCAGUUGGCAUUUAGAGUAGCCGCUGCGUUCGGCACUACUGGCAUUGUUGUCGCAACAGUUAUCUCUUUCUAUAUAGCUGUUAAACAAGCUCGUCGUGUUCAUUCUAGCGAUAAGGAAUAUUCGAUUCUUCAAACUUCAUUCAAUAAAAAAGCACUUAUCUGCAUAAUGAUAAUAAUCGGCCUGUUCAUUUUUGGACUAUCCGUUCCUUCACUUUUUGAAAAUUGGGAACUAUUUCAUGUAGUCACAACCAACUUUCAUGCUGCUAUGCUAUUCAGUACCGGAAUUCUUGGUCUUAUUUCUCAUAAAAAGCAAUCUGUCGAUCUAAAUAUCUGGACUAGAACACUCGCUGACUUUACUACCGGAAUUAGUGUUGCAUCUACUAUUUCUAUAGUCCAACUUCUUGUCAGUUAUGCCAGCCAAUCGAAUUAUACAAAGUGGCAAAUAAGACCAGAUUUUACAAUUUUAAUUCUUUGCCUAGCUCUAUUUAACUUCAUUGGAUUCAUGCUAUCCUUUACUGCUAGCGCGGCUACGGAUGACAUCUUGCAUAAAGUGCCACAGCCUUCAAAAUCAUCGAAUACUGAUACUGUUAAUGUCGGUAUGUUAGUCUCCGCAGUACUAGCAGGCGCAGUUGGCAUCUUUAAUAUGGCUAUUAUGAAUUAUCCUACUUAUGGAUUUCCGGCUUUAGUCGUUUCUACCAUGGCUUAUAUAACGUCUAGACGCGGAACUGAUAUACAAACUACUAAUAACGAGCUAUUGAGAUUUCCAUACCAUAUUUUCUACGUUUUCAAUAGCUUUGGUAGCGUAUGGGCAAUUGGCAUGACUAUUUAUGCAUUCGUAGCUGAUAAGCCGUCACAAACUAGCCUUCUCGUCGUCAUUCCUGCCUUUAUUUACCCUUUUACUACUAUCGCUAUACUCAGUUUACUACCAGUUGCUUAUUUUAGUGUUCGAGCAGCUUUCUGUAAUAAAAAAGACACAUGUAAUGAAGACGAUGCAAGCACUAUCAUUGCAUAA